AUGCGAACUCAUACUGAUGAGAAGCCGUUCAAGUGCGGCCACUGCAAUUCGAGCUUUGGGUGGAAAAAAUGCUUACAGAUACACGUGCGAACUCAUACUGAUCUUUUAAUACAAAUUUACCGUUACAGAAAUGGAUACAUGGUUGGCCAAGUCUCGUGCGUAAGAUCAUAUUCUUCACACAACACCGCUGCACCAAUUUGCCUCUUUCCUCUUCUUCCGGCCAAUUUGAAAGGCUACUGCCACUGCCGUUCCGCGAUAGCAACUCAAUGUUUGAUUCUGGAUAAAAACCAAUUGUUCCACCAACAAGAUGUAGUAAUCGCUGCGCAAAAUAACCUAAAUCAUUUCGAAAAUCAAACUUGCUUACGGCGUGAAAAUACAGAAUCGGCGCACAACUGUUCUUAA